GAGAUAUAGAUACCAGGCAGGGACUUUGGCACACAAAGGAGGGCCGGAAUAGCGCGCCCUCCGACAACGGGUGAUGUACCCUCCCCGUUUCAAGAGAUGGCCAAAGCUAUCGACUCCUUAGUCACCCCGCAGACGCAUCCGGACCCAACUAUACUCUGUACGUUGGAUGUGUCUGAAGCCUUAGAGGACCUUCAAGGUGAGUGGUCGACAAGGGACCCUCGUGAGUCAUGGGUGGCACUGAGUAGAGGUCCUAGAGGGGAGCACUUCGUUGUGGAAGUUGAUGUGGGUGGUCGCAAGUGCGGCGCCUUCGUAGACAUUGGCUCCACGCGAAACUUCAUAAGUCGCGACUGCGUUGACAGACUGUGCCUAAAGGACCGGGUGCAGCGCCUUAGUAGACCGGUAACGUCUACUUUGGCCAACAAAGAGCGCAUGAUGGUGGAGGACUACGUUAAAGAUGUAGUCUGCACCUUCUCCUACCCAGGAGGAGAGUUAAAUCACAAGAUAUCAUUCCUGGUGAGCGAUGAGUUGCCCUUUGACAUGUUGUUGGGCAUGUACUACCUCGAGGUUGCCAAGCCCCAGUUUGACUGGGACAAGAAGGUGUUGAAGCACGAGUUGCCUAGUGGGAGAACCGUGAGACUGGCCAAAUACAAAGCCAGUAGGUUAGUAGACUCCUAUGGGUGCUUAUGCGCAUCUGCCUUUUAUAACUAUUAUAAACAGUUUCCAGAGGAAGGAAUGUACUUAGUCUAUGUCUCUACAAAAGGGGAGGCCGUUAAAACACCCCCAGAGAUAGAGACCAUCGUCGCCAAGUACCCUGAUCUGUUCGAGGAGCCUACAGGAGUCGUAGAUAGGGAGAUUGUCCAUGCCAUAGAGAUCAUCCCCGGUAGUAAAACACCUAAAGGAAGAAUCUAUAGGAUGGCCCCAACCGAGUUGGACGAACUUCGGCGGCAACUGAAAGAGCUCACAGAGAAGGGUUGGAUUCGACCUAGCACUUCCCCCUAUGGCUCACCUGUCUUAUUCGUUCCAAAGAAAGGGGGAACACUAAGGAUGUGCAUUGAUUAUAGAGGCCUCAAUGCCAUCACCGUUAAGAAUGCAGAGCCUCUACCACGCAUCGACGACCUAUUGGACAAGGUGCAGGGGUGUAAGUACUAUACAAAGAUAGACUUAAAAUCCGGCUACCAUCAAAUUGCCAUAAGACUAGAGGACCAGCACAAAACCGCAUUUCAGACCAGGUAUGGUCUGUACGAGUUUGUGGUGAUGCCCUUUGGCCUUUGCAAUGCGCCGGGUACAUUCCAGCACGCCAUGAAUAGGAUCUUCCAUGACUACUUGGACAAGUUUGUUGUCGUGUACCUCGACGACAUACUUAUCUUCAGUAGAUCURUCGAGGAGCRUGCUCARCAUGUAGACAUAGUACUUYCACUCCUUCGACAACACAAGUAUAAGAUAAAUAUAGAGAAAUGCGAGUUCGGUCGCACUCGAAUCUUGUACUUGGGUCAUGAAGUAUCCGCGGAUGGUAUUAGGCCCGAAGAUGCAAAGGUGGCCAGCAUACGUGACUGGCCACGACCCCRGUCUGUGACUGAGGUCARAUCAUUCUUGGGAAUGUGUGGUUAUUACCGCAAUUUCGUAAAKAACUAUAGUACGAKCRCAUCUCCYUUGACUGAUCUMACUCGACUUGACACACCAUGGGACUGGACCGACGAGUGUGAGGCAGCUUUCAARCGUUUGAAGCAUGCUCUCAMGSAYCAUGAGGUUCUCAUGGUACCCGACCCGGAAAGGCCAUUCGUUGUGACCACUGACGCAAGCCAAUAUGGKAUUGGCGCAGUGCUGGCUCAACAGGAAGGGAAGAAGUUGAGACCGAUCGAGUACAUGAGCAAAAAGAUGCCUUCAAAGAAGUUGGCAAAGUCCACCUACGAGAGGAAACUCUACGCUCUUUACAAGGCACUUGUCCACUGGAGGCACUAUCUGUUAGGAAGGUUCUUCUACUUGAGAACGGACCAUCAGACCUUCAAGUGGAUCAAGACUCAACCAGUUCUCUCCGAUGCACUCAAACGUUGGAUUGAAGUCAUAGAUCAAUAUGAUUUCAAACUAGACUAUUUGAAGGGAGAGUACAAUAAGGUUGCAAAUGCGUUGUCUAGGAGGGCAGAUUACCUAGGUGCGCUGAUUUUUGAGUUUGGUCUAUCUGAAGAUGUAACUCGAUCGUUGGAUGAAGCCUACAAGGAAGAUCCCAUCACGAUGGACAUCAUCAACAAACUUCAGGCUAAGGACAAGGCCACUACUGAUGAGUUUGUGAUGGUGGAUGGGUUACUCUUUCUUGAGAAGGCAGGGUUUAAGAGCACCAUCGGUGUCAGUCCCAAUCAGCUACAUCUCGGAUGGAAGCCUAGAUCCGCUCUAGACUUCCUCCUGCCUGAAAACCGAACCGCUGCAACUCCUGGAACCAUUGAAUUUGGUGUCCAGUAUGAGAAACUGCUGCAGCAGACUGUCGAACAUAUCAAGAAAUCUCAGGAAGUCAUGAUUGCUUCUAAGAACAAGCGUCGCCGACAGUCCACAUUUGAGGUAGGGGAACGCGUCUGGGUCAAGGCUAGUGAGUUGGGACAGGAGUUUGGCAUCUAUAGAAAACUAAUGCCGCAGUAUUUCGGUCCCUGGGAAGUCCUGGACAUUGUCGGGAAUGAUAUGGAUGGUCCUUCGUACGUCAUUUGUAUCCCUGGUCACUUACGCACUUACCCUGUGUUUCACGCCUCCAAGCUUGCACCUUUCGCUGAGACAGCACAAUUCCCAUCACGGAGAUCUAUGCUGCCCCCAACCAUGGAUGGCCAAGUGGACGUCGACGACAUCCUGGAUCACAAAGAUACGCCUGUUCCUAAGCCACCUGGCAGGGGAAGACCUCCCAAACCUGAGAGGGAAUACAGAGUACAUUUCAGGCAUCGUACAGAUCCGAAGGAAGAUCGAUGGAUUUCAAGGGAGGACCUUGUGAAGACAGAUCCUCGGAUCGUGGCCGAUUAUGAGAAAAGACUGAAGGGGAAGGCACCAGCAUGAAGCAUCUCAGCGGACUUUCGAAGCUAAGGGGGAUGGAAUGUGAGGAACAAGCCCUCAAGUGGCCCUAUCAGACAUCACAUUGUUCU